AGAUGUUAAAAAAUAUCUUAUGGAUGUAUUGGACCUUAGCCAUAACAUGUGCACUCCACAAAGUUAAAGUGGAAAAAAGCCCACCAGUGAAAGGCUCACUCUCUGGAAGAGCCACCCUCCCAUGCUUCUUUUCAACUCUGCCUACUUUGCCUCCAAGCUAUCACAAUACAAGUGAGUUUCUUCGGAUUAAGUGGUCAAAGAUUGAGCAGGACAAAGGUGGAAAAGAUCUCAAAGAAACGACAGUGUUGGUAGCCCAGAAUGGGAAUAUCAAGAUUGGACAAGGUUACAAAGGAAGAGUGUCGGUUCCAAGCCAUCCAGAAGAUAUUGGUGAUGCAUCAUUGACUAUGGUGAAGUUACGUGCAAGUGAUGCUGGGGUUUACCGCUGUGAUGUAAUGUAUGGAAUUGAAGAUACCCAGGACAUUGUCUCACUGGCUGUUGAUGGUGUCGUGUUUCACUAUCGUGCAGCUUCCAGUAGGUACACUCUGAAUUUCAAACAGGCUCAGGAGACCUGUUUGGAGAAUGGUGCUGUCAUAGCAAAUCCUGAACAACUGAAAGCUGCAUAUGAAGAUGGAUUUGAGCAAUGUGAUGCUGGCUGGUUGUCUGAUCAAACUGUUAGAUAUCCUAUUAGGCAACCUAGAGUUGGCUGUUAUGGAGACAUGAUGGGAAAAGAAGGAGUUAGAUCCUAUGGAUAUCGCCUUCCUAAUGAAACUUAUGACACCUAUUGCUAUGUUGGGAGCAUAAAUGGUGAAGUCUUCCACAUGACUUCUCCCAAGAAGCUAACCUUUGAAGAAGCCCAAGAUCUGUGUGAGGAACAAGGGGCAGUUCUUGCUUCAGCUGGUGAUCUGCAUGCUGCCUGGAGGAAUGGUUUUGACCGAUGUGAUUAUGGCUGGCUGGCAGAUGGCAGUGUGCGUUACCCUGUUUCUGUGGCAAGGAUCCAAUGUGGUGGAGGUUUACUUGGAGUGCGAACCCUAUAUCGCUAUGAGAAUCAAACUGGCUUUCCUUCCCCAGACAGCAAAUUUGAUGCCUAUUGCUUUAAACGCAAAGAGAAUAUAUCUGAUUCUGCAACUGUUGAACUGAAUAUUCCUCUGGAAAGUGGAUCUGCCAAACUGUUAACUGAACUAAAAGUAAUUCCUCCAAAAGCUACACUUCAUCCUUCAUCAGUCGCAUCAGAAAUGGUUAAGGUGAAACAAGAAAAGAAGGCACCUCAGAUCAUUAAUUUAUCCACCCUUCUACCUCAAACUGUUACAGACAUUUCUGAUUUGUCAGAAAUGACACAAUCAGAGACUGUGAUAAGUGACUUAGUGGAGAUUACAACCAGGCAAGGUAUCUCUGAUUUCAGUGAAGCAAGUUCUGAAAGUCCAACUGAACAAAUAGAAGUGGCUCCAAUAAGAACUUCUGUAGAUGCUCUGUCAAGGAGUAACCUGAGCAUACCUUUAGAAGCAGAAGUUCUAAGAAAGGAACAAACACAUCCUGGCACCCAACCCACCGAAACGUCAGAGGAAGCAAAAAGUGAUAAAAUUGUAUCUUCUAAGACAAUCUUAGAUGAGAAUGCUACAGAUACACCAGAUUCAUUUGAAAGCAAAAAAAUAUCUACCCUGGCUCAUUCAAAGGGCUAUGAAAUACCAGUGCUUACAACAUCUGACACAAUUAGGGUGGUACACUCCACAGAAUCAGUAGAGAAAGAAGAGCACACAGCAGCAUCUGUUGAUUCAGAGAAGGUGAAAGAUACAGUGAGACUUAUUUCAACACCCACAGCUUCAGAUGCAAAUGUAUCUUUAGGAUCUGAAGUAUCAGUAGUUGAAGAAAGCAUAUCUGGGUCUGAGUCUGUCACAGGGGUCUUACCUGUUGUCACAGAAGUAAAUGAAGUAGAAGGGUUCUUCACCAAAUAUGGAGCUGAGGUGUCAAUUCAUCACCUAAUAACACCUGCACCAGAUUUGCAACAAGAGACAACUGAAAUGGAUGCAAAAUAUGUUUGGACUAAUGAGAAUACAACUGAACAGCAACCAGGCUUAGAUGUUUCAAGAGAAAUUUCCCCAGCAGUGGUCACUGAAGACCUUAAAAUAAAAGAAUCUUUUAUAUUUACAGGUGCCACAAAGGCUACAACUCCUAUUGCAAUUUCAGAGAAAGAGUAUAGCAUUUCUUUGGUUCCAGAUACGAUAGAAGAUAGAAUUUCUAAAAGCUCGGUUACAGGUACUAUUCAUGUGGGACUCACAGAAACUGUAACAGAAUUUACACCAGUGAUUCAACAGGAAUUUGUUACAGGAGAUCAAGUCAUGCAAAAAUCGGUCACUGACCCAGGUUCUCCCCCUGUUGUUCCAGAAUUGCAUUCAUUACCUGAACAUGAUAUUGCUGCUGAAGGAUCUGCAUAUGAAAUAACUUAUACCACUACAGAAACAUCAAGUCCUGGUAUAAAAAUAAGGGAUUACGAAACAGUCACACGAUCUGAAUUUUUUCCUGGAAUCAUUGAUCCCAAGGUGAAAGCAACAGGUGUUCCUCCCAUAGAACAAAGUACCAAAAGUGAACACAGGUCAUCCUUGGACAAAUUGGUAGUUCCCAUCUCUACAGAAGCAGCUGCUCCCAUCACUAAAAAGGUUGAUGUGGGGAAAGUAGGUACUCACAGCUCAGAAGGAUCAGGAACAAAAGAAGAGGACAUAGGAAUGGAACCCACUUCAUUUUCAGUUAGUGCCUCAAGCAAACCAGUGGUGGUAACUGGAAUUGCUGUUGGUACUGCUGUAGAUAAAAUCCCACCAACUUCAGCAUCAAAACCUUUAAUUAUCAAAACACAGCCACCUUUGAUUGAUAGGGAACCUGAUGAGGAUACAAGUAAAGAUGUGCUGAUAAUUGAUGAAUCUAUUUCUCCCAUUAGAACUACUGCUGAUGAUGAUUUUACAGGCAAAAUGGUAGAGCCAGAAAUUGAUACUGAAUAUUUUACCUCAUCAACUAUCACUGCAGUUGCCCAGCCCACAGGACCACCCACAGAGGUUUUAGAGUCUCAAGAAAAGCCCCCAGCUACUUCAGAGAUUGAUACAGGGUUGGAAAAACAACCUGGCAUACACCUAGUUGUUGUUGCUUUCCCAGACAAUGAUACAGAUUCUUUGGCUGGAGGUUGGGAUUUAUUUGGUUACCAAAUCCAUCAUGAAAUAGAUGAGCCCCCACUAGAUGGUGAAUCAACCACAGACGAACCCUGUACAGCAAGCCCUGAUGAUGUCUCUGAAGAUAUCCUAAUCGUUGAACAUUUCUAUCCUGAAAUAUAUCAACUGGAGGAAGAUGAUAGUGAAGAAGUUGACUGUGAGAAUACUACUGCUAUCACAACUCCCCCACCUUUGCAGUUUAUUAAUGGAAAGCAGCAGGCGACCACUGAACCCAAAGAUAUAAAAGCUGAAGAAGCAAGGAGUGACCAAAUUUUAGCACAUUCCAAAAAUGUAAAUUUUCUGCAUAUCAAUGAAACUAACAUGGUGUCUGAGAAUGAGUUCUUGGCCACAAUACAGCCAAAUGAAUCAACUGGAGAUACUGCUGUUACACAAAAGCUAAUGGCAGAAUUUGACAUGACAGAAGAGGUCUUUAGUGGAGAUUCAGAAGUUUCAACCACACAUAAAAUUCAUGAAAUAAUAUUUUUCCAUGGCCAGUCUUUAUCAGACAAUAAUGAAAAACUGAUACAGUCUGAAACAGAACACUUAGAAGAUUUAACUGCCAAGCCUGAAUUAAUAAGUUCUGUUUCUCCCGACACAAUGAACAACGAACUAAAUAAAGACUCUGAACAGUUAACCAUAACAGCUUCUACUCAAGGUUGGUUACCUCAUUCUACCACUAUACCCUUAGGUACUAGAGAUGACAUAGCAGCUCAACAUGGCACUUCUGCUCUACAGGGAAAUUAUAAUGCAGGAAUUACACAUAAUAUAUUUAAUUCUUAUAUAAAUUCAUUGGCAACAACUACAAGUACUAAUUUAUUGAAUAUGCCAGAAGGGUCUGGAGAUGUUCAAGAAGAUGGUUUUAAAUCAUCUAGUGCAUUAAUAAAACCAGGAGGACAAGCAAAACAUCCUAUUCAAGAAACUUCCUCUGUUGAUGGAAAAUCAGUUCCACCUAAAGGUAUCCCUUCUGCUUCACAAUCUCCUGCUUCUUUGUAUAAAGAGACUAUGUUUAUUACUGAAGAUAGUUUUGUAGAAUCGUUUACCACUGACUCUUUUACUGAAAUUAUUUCGAGAACUACUGAAAAUCCAGUUAAUAUGGAGGAGGAUAAGAAAGAGAGUACAAACACCGUUUCUUUAAAUAUGGAGAAUUCAACUGCCGUCAACACAGAAAAACUGUCUAGUAACACCGAGUACUUCAGUGAUGACAUCAGAGUUGUGAGUGAAAGAUCCAUAACUCUCACCAAAACAAUUUCCGUAACAGAUAUUCCCCCUCUCAAAACUAAGGAGACCACAGAAAAAAGAUUGCCCAUUAAUGAAGAAUCUGGUGAUGGAUCCACAGAAUUUUGGAGGAAACCUAAUAGAGAAAUACUUUUUGGGGGUCCUACCAGCGAAGUGGUAAGUAUUGACUCCCAAUUUCUAGAUCCAGGUUUUGGAGGAAUUGAUAGUAUGACUCAAGCUACUACACUGACUUCAUUUCCAGUGCGGUCUGAAUACGGAAGCAGUAAAGGAAAGGAAAUAGGCGGUCUUUCAAGCGAACCACCAUUGAAUCAUGUAAUUCUUACUAAUCAUACAAUGAAUGUGUCAGAUGCUGAAUUGCAUGGGGGGGCUAUGGACACUAGAAUAGAAAGUCAAGUAUCAAAAAAUGCAACUUAUAGCGAAGGUGCACUGCGAGAUGAAUCAGAUGCAAGUGUGCUGUUGCCGUUUAGUGACAAGGCUGUUGUGGAGACUAAUGAAGAAGGGGUAACAUCUACAGCAGUACAAGAGCAAACCAAUUUGUUUGAAACAUCUGGUAUGACAGUGUCUGCGGAACCUUCGACAAACAUUUCUCCUGACAUCAGUGUAAGAAUGAAGUUAGUAACAGAAUCAAGUGAAACUGGAAAGACUGUAAAAUAUUCUACCAGUACUCCACAGUAUUCCACAGUAGUGGCAAAUAACGUAACUCUGCAAAAAGGAAGUUCCGAAUACAUAGUAAAUGAAGCAAUGGAAUCACUUCAGCUGGAAGAUAGAAAAAAAAUUUAUCCAACUACCUUUGCCAAAAAAAUUGAUCUUGUGGAUGUAGGCUCUGGAGAGGAAUCCAUUAAUGACACAAGUGGUAUGGUGCUGGAGCAUUAUACUCCCACAGAAAAAGAAAUUAGUAGUAAAUUUCCAUUGAUUGAACCUGGUUCUGGAGACAUAGACUCUUUUACAUAUCCUCCUACAAAAAAACCAGUUUCAUCUGAAUUGUUAGUACAAGGGCCUAGAAGUCAAAUAAAAAAUGAAAGUGAAGAACGCAGCAUGACAUCUCAGUAUCCGCUAGUUACAGAUGCAGCUGCAAUGUUAAACCUAAGUAGUACCACUAGAGGCACAUUAGUGAACCAAAGUAUUACAGGAGAGUUCAUUAAUAAAUCAAAAAUGGAAGUGGAAAUGUCAGAUGUAUUGGAAACAAGAGCUUCUGAUACAACCUCCCAUUUGGAGACAGAAAUAUAUUACGAAAAAAGAAGAAAAAUUAAACAAACAGAAUCUGUAACAGAACAGACAAGAAUUUCUGGUACUUCUACAUUUAAUCCACAUGUAGAAGAAAUAAAAUUUGAUAUUAAUUCUGUUACUGAAUCUUUACAGAAAUAUCCCCCUUCAUAUGAUAAAACACUUAGAACUGCAAGCACUUUAUUAAUAAAUGUAGAGAAAGAAGAAUGGUUGGAAGAAAAUACUAGCCCUACCAAAGGCAGUCACACAGUUUUUUCCCCAUCAAUAAACACAGCAAUUAAUGUUCCAUUUUUUUCAAAACAAGACUCAGAAAAUGCAUUCUUUAUGGUUCGGACUACCACUGCACCUGGGAGUUCUGCUACAUUAAAAGGAAGGUCUAACACAUUAAAACUUGACACCCUUCAUCCUAAAAGUUCAGAAGAAUUUUUUUCAGAGGAAAAACAAGAAUUUGAGAGGCACACUGAUUAUUCUAGAUAUGAAUUUAAAUAUCCAUCCACUAUAGAAGACAGUUUGUCUGCAGCCAGUGAUGAAAUAUUUCCAGUGUUAUCUACUGUAGAUACUGAAACAUCUACUAUAAAUUGGUUCAUUCCUGAAGAUGAUCAGAACAAAGAAAACACCUACCAAGGGGAAGAAAAUAUACCAGCUGCAACAGAUGGAACUUCCCAAGGGCAAGCCUGGGUGUUGAUAGAGCAUGAAAAUAAAACUCCUGUUUCAGAAUUAUUUAUUGAACCCCCUACUGCUAGAACAAUAGAAAUGCCAGAAAUCACUUUAUUACCCAAAGUGUUGAGUGGUGCAAACCAUGAUGGUUCUGGGGAAGGAUCUGGCUUGCAGGAUGUAAUGGGGAAAAAAUCUGAAUCAUCUACCCAGUUGCCCAACUGGGAAGUACCACUUAUAACUCAUAUUCCUCAUUAUUCAGAGAUUGAGAACACAAGUGCCACAGUGAAUGGAUCCCCAGAAGGACCACUCAUCUACUCAGAGAAACAGGAAAAGUCAGCAACAUCUGAUAGUGACAUUUCAGAGAGCUUUUCAUAUGAAAGUUCCACAAACAACAUAAAGGACUAUGAAGAUCUUAUCCCUAUAGUUGGUUUCAAAAGAAAUUAUUCUGAGGAUAUUUCUAGCUUUAUUGAUAUUAUUGGAACAGGGCGUGGAGUAAUAUCUGAGGAAACAACAAUUAUUGAUGUUGAUUAUUUGAAAUCAAGUGCAAAUGUUGAAGACAUUAGAGAUCAUACAACUGUAAGGCCCGACAGACACACAACAUAUGAUAUUUAUACAUCAAUGAAAAUUCAAGAUACAACACCUGAAAGGUUAAUUGAUGAUAAAAUUAUAGAUAAUCAAGGACGUUCUGUAGAUAGUAAGUUUGUACAGAGUGAACCUAUAUUAUAUGAAUAUACCCCAACAUCAGAUGUGGGUUCAGGAGAUGUUGCAUUUUUCCCAACAGAAACUGCUAUUUCUCAGGACUUGCCUAAAAUAUCCACUCUGGUUCCAACCGUGCCUCCUCUUGUCAGUUCUACUGUAUCAUCUCCAAUUAGUUCUGAAGAAAAGACCACUGAAUUAGGGCAUGACACCGAACAUACAGAAUCUGAUGAAGCAAUACAGCCCAAAUCUGAACAGCCAACACUGUCAGACAAUCAAGUAGUAGCUGAUGAAAGUGAAAUUACCACUACACCAGGAGAAAGACAAGUACAGAUGGAUAAAGAGAAAGAGGUGGUUCUUUCUUCAACUCCAGCAUACAUGCCUCUAAAAACAGGAGAAACUUUGACACCACACAAGCCUGAAGAAAAUACUGCUUCAAGUCAGCUUGUUUCACAAAAUGUAACAAAGUCUGAAGAAACAAGUUACAAGGUGUAUGAAGGAAUGAAAACUGCACCCACAAAAUCCAUAGGAACAGUUAUGAAAAACUUGCUUCUUACAACGCAAACACCAAAACUGCCUGUGACUGUGCAUUUACUCAAUGAUGUUUCUGAAUACCCAGAAGAAAUCAUGCAAAGUACAUCAUCAUCAACUCAUUCUAACAAACAUGUUUUGCCAGCAUCAGAAACUUUUAGAGAAGCUAGUGCUGACACAGCAGUAACUUACAAACCUGCUCUGAAAGAUUCUUCCAAUGAUACAGCUUUUCCUAGAGUGGAAUUAGAGAACAGAUUCCUUGAAAGUAUACCUACAUCUGAUUGGCAUAUAAUAGAAGCAGAAGAAGUGUCAAAAACUACUACAGAAGAAACAACUGUUUUUGAAGAAUCUCUUUCAAAAGGAGCGAUACCAUCAAGCUUUAUACAUUCAGGUGCUGAAAUUUUAGAAGAUCUUUUAGAAGAUACUCCUGAGAAGGUAAAAGAGCUAAAUCAGUUAGAUGGAAAUAGUGCUGAUGGAAGUUUGCUGUGGAUACCUAGCAUACCUUCUUCAGUUCCACAUGAGAGUAAAACAGGUGGAGUAUUCGGUGCUGAUGGUGAAGCCAAUACUUGGCCAAUUUCACCCCCACCACCUGCAGAAAAAAUUGUGGAACCUCAAACAGCUCAGCCACAGUCAACAACUAUUUCUUCUAACAUUGUAAAUACAUAUUCAGGUCUUGAAAGCAUUUCUGAUUACAAAAGACAGACAAUAAAUACAGAGUAUAUAACUGCAAAUGAACUUGUAACCCCACCAUUUUUACUUCUGGAUGUUACUAAUGGAUCAGAAUUCCUGAUUGGUCCAGGUGAAGGUUCAGUUGAAGGCUCAGCAGUUCAGAUCUCAGGCCAAGAUCUAUGUAAAAGCAAUCCAUGCUUGCAUGGGGGCACUUGUUACCCACGUGACUCUUUCUAUAUCUGCACUUGUAUGCCAGGUUUCAGUGGUGAUCGGUGUGAAGUAGAUGUCGACGAAUGUCAAUCCAGUCCUUGUAGAAAUGGUGCCACAUGCAUUGAUGGUGUCAGUACAUUUACUUGUCUUUGUCUCCCAAGCUAUGUUGGAGCUCUUUGUGAAAAAGACACUGAGACCUGUGAUUAUGGAUGGCAUAAGUUUCAAGGGCAAUGCUACAAAUACUUCGCCCAUCGCCGGACGUGGGAUGCAGCUGAGAGGGAGUGCCGCCUGCAGGGUGCCCAUCUAACCAGCAUCUUAUCUCAUGAAGAACAGCUCUUUGUAAAUCGCAUAGGACAUGACUAUCAGUGGAUUGGCCUAAAUGAUAAGAUGUAUGAGAAUGACUUCCGCUGGACAGAUGGCAGUGUGCUGCAAUAUGAAAACUGGAGACCAAAGCAGCCAGAUAGUUUCUUUUCUUCUGGAGAAGAUUGUGUUGUUAUAAUUUGGCAUGAAAAUGGUCAGUGGAAUGAUGUACCAUGCAAUUAUCAUCUUACUUACACAUGCAAGAAAGGAACAGUGGCCUGUGGCCAGCCACCAGUGGUAGAAAAUGCAAAGACUUUUGGAAAGAUGAAGCCUCGUUAUGAAAUUAACUCAUUGAUCAGAUACCACUGUAAAGAUGGCUUCAUCCAGCGCCAUGUUCCAAUAAUCAGAUGCCAAGGAAAUGGACGAUGGGAUUUACCUAAAAUUACCUGCAUGAAUCCAUCCUCAUUCCAAAGGACUUAUUCUAAGAAAUAUUAUUAUAAAAAUUCUUCACCAGGAAAGGUAAACUCAUUAAAUUCAUCAAAACAUUUUCAUCGUUGGAUCAGGACAUGGCAGGAUUCAAGGCGUUGAACCCACUCUGGUGAAAGUGGGACAUUUGCCAUGCCAGAAUGCCCUAACUUACUGUGCCUUAAAAAAAAAAAGGAUUACCCAGCAUUUUGGAAUACUUAUGGACAUGAGUACUUACAACACAUAUCAGUGAUGACUACAAAUGAAAACAUUGAAAAGAGAACCAUUUCCAGCCUAUCUAGUAUGUUAAUUUCUAUAUGUCAUUGGUGAGGGAUUAUUUGAUUCUUUACCCCAGCACCUGUAGUAAUUAAAUCCUCCAUUUUAGCACCAAUGAUAAUGUAAAUAAGAUGAUUUAAUAGUGUUUAAGAGUGUUGUAUUUUAAAAAAAAACCCUGUAUAUACAAUGAGAUGUCAAACUAAGUUCAGGCUUAUUUAUGACCAUUUGGCUUCAGAGUUCUUUAAUCAUUUAUGUUGCUUGUCUUGGAGGUACUUCACCAGGCUGGAAAUAAUUUUAAAUUUUUAUUUGCUCUCAUUUUGUAAACAUGGUAGAAGCAGCUAUUGCAAGCUGAAGAUGAACUGUGAAAGUAGUAUCUUGCUUAAGAAACAUAGCUAUUUCCUAAUGGAGGGCCAUAGAAUAUAUGGAAUGAGAAGCUUUCAUAAGGAGCAUGAAAAAUACGACAACUUGGAAGAAGUGACUGCAAUAUGGAACUUGACUUUUGUCCUUUCCAGCUUUGGCACUGAUCAAGAAGGACUUGAGGACUCUUUAAAAAAAAGUUGACAAGGAGGGCCUGUAGGAUUAAUAACAACAACAACAAUAAUACUAACAGUAAUAAAGGCUAAUACAUUAAUUCUCAACCAGGGCCAUUUUUUAAAAAUCAACUUUUCCAACACUAAUCAUGGGUCUAUGUUACAGCUCUCUGCAUUUUAAAAAGGAGAUAUAUAGACCUACUUUUUUGUAAAAUAAAAUUUUUAAAAAGUAAAUAAUUUUGUAUAUAAAAUCUAUAUAACCAUUUUUAAUCUUUUUAUAAAGUAAUGAAUGUUUGUGUAUGAAUGCUGCAGCUGUGAAGCGUACAUAAAUAAAUGAAGUAAGCCAUACAGAUAUAAUUUAUUGGAUGUUCUUUCUAUCUUGACAGCUAUCAAACUCAUCUGAUGCGUUAGGAAGAACAAGUGUUGGCUUCAAAUGUUUUUCUACUUGAGGGAAAAAAAGUAAUAGUUCAGAUCAUUUGUUUGUGGUAAGAUGGGUGAUAGCUGUGUGACUUAUAUACAACCACAGUCUUUACCUUUGAAGAAUAAUUAUGUGCCCAUAAACAUGCUGUUUUUACUUCAUAGUAUGUUCAAGUGAAGAGAGGAGUUAUCUUUUCUUCAAUACUCAACCUUACCCAGUCUAGUAGGACAAUUAGCUAUAGAAAAGGAUACUUUUAAAGUCUGUGAUGAUAUGUAUUGUUAAACCUAUCCAAUAUAAGACUGCACUUUCACCCAUCUAGCUUGCCUUUACAGCUUCCAAAAUCUCCAGAGUUAUGAGUAGAUUCCGUGUGUAUUCUCAAAUGUCAACAAAUUGGACUUUGAUCAAUGCACAACUUUAUACAUCAGUUUUAUGCAGGAAAUAUUUCCUUUGGAUGCAAUCUCAAGUAGUACAGAUUUAUAAGAGCUAAUUCUGGGUUUGGUGAGUGUCUUCUGUCUAUGGUAUAAUUCCUAUAUAAUAUCAUUUAGCUUAAUUAAUGCAUUCAUAAUGCAUAAUGAAAACACACAGUAACAUGGUGGAUGAAUUUCCCAUUGUGUGGGGAGCAGAAAUUAAACUCACUAAAUCUGGGGGGAAAUCUGAACUAUCGUUCUCUGAAACAGAGUAGUCUUAUGGUGGCUGUUCUGGCGUUGAAUUAAAAUGAGUAUAUCAUAAUCUUUUUCUUUGGAUUUUGCUGCACCCACACUUGCUAAAAUACUCCAUGAAUUGAGAUUAUUUCAACCAGUUUUCUGAAAUGUGAAAUCACUCAGAAAAAUCAGGCUGUGCCUGAUUAUUUUGAUCUGUCCUAGUCUCUCAUAAAAAAAUUAUCACUUUUUAAAAUGUGUAUAUUUUUCUGGUUUUCUAUAAAGUUCUUUUUUUCACUAUUUAUAUUCUGUUCUGUAUAGUGUAUAAUGUGAAUCUUUCAAUUUUGUGAAACAGAAUUUAGAAACUUUGUAUAUGCUUCUGGCUCACCAAAGAAAUCUUAUUUUGCUCCACUGUGAUUUCUCCUGUUUAUUGCAUGUCCUUGAAAUUAGUCAAUUUAAGGUCAAUUUCUGCUGAAGAGUAAAGUCACAUAAUUAAGAACAACAAAUACUGAGAUAUGCAAGCACUUUCAUACUUUUUUUAAUAAUAACAUUUUAGCUGAUUAA